AUGAAUUACACGUGCGACGACUGUUCGGUGACUGAUAUUCUAUGCAAUGGGGAGAGCGUGCUGUCCGCCGGCAGAGUGUCCGUUAUCCGGGUCACGAACAUGAUCAGUUUUAACUUUCCUAGGUUCGAAGACAGCCACGCGUGUGUCUAUAUGGGAUUUUUCAAAAACAAGAAUAAAUUUUUGAAAAAAGUUUUAGCUGUCAUCGAUAAUAACUCCGUUACGAUACCAGAAGUGGCGACAGUGCAAGCACCAAAAAUUGGUGAGCAGUUUCAGCAGGACAUUCCAUUUAGUUGCAGUGAGUGUGUUGUUGAUAAGGUGUUUGUCAACGGCAUACCUCUGGAGACAGCGUUUCGUCGUAGUUCUAUCGGAUCGGUAGCUUUCUUCUCGGCAUCGCCAUCGGAUAUAACGAUAAGCAUAACGGAAUACACAACGACCUAUGAAGGCGUGUACCAGGCCGUGUUUUCCGUCGGUUCAGAGAAUGUAACGAAAACUGUUAUGGAGAUACGCGAUGGUCCCGAAGAGACAGUCCAAGAAGACACUACCAUCGCAGCCACUACCCAGGCUGCUGCAGACACUACAGGUAAGACCUGGGCCCACCGUGACAUCACAAAACAGUACUAA